AUCUUCUGCUCAAAAGAAAAGAUCUUCAAGAAAUGCAAUUGCGCCUACACCCCUUUCUCACAGGCCGAACACAUCACAUAUGGAGGUGGAGGACAGUUCAGAGAGUGACAUGGACUCUGUGUCGAACCAGAGCCCAGUUGAAAUUGAUUCAUCGGAUUCCGACAGCGACUACAUUGAUCCAAUGGCAGAUAUAUUAAAUAAUCACUCACGCCUGGUGACAGGUACAAACACCUUUAGGUUUUCGGAGCCGGUGUCAACACCGAUUUCUUAUUCAGUUUCCAAAUCAAUAGCCAGAAAAAUCAAAUACAACAAAUUCAUAGAUUUUGCUAAUCUCCUACCGACAACAGGUUACCAAACACCCAGUUUCGCACUAACUAUUAACUCUAAGGAUCAACUCAGCUUAGCGCCCUCAAACAAUGCUAAGAAAAUUUAUACCAUUGAUUCCUGGACUUCCGCCUUCUUAAGGUUCGUAGCAAUAUACUCAAGCUACUACCCACAUGAAACUCCCCAACUCAUGAAAUAUGGGGAAAUAGUUAGGGAUUUGGCACACCGUCGUCCAGGCAUGGCCUGGUCAUUCUACGACAGCCAAUUUCGGAUGUCCAGGGAGCACGCCAUCAUCCCAUGGGAUACUCUACACACGGAAUUCUGGGUAAUGGCCACUACGCAACCAACCAUGUCAAACUUCUCUAAUGGGCAAUCUAAUCGUCCCUUUCGGGCGGGGUCCGGCAGGUUCCCUCGGAACACCAACUACAAAAGUCAAAGACAAUCCAAGUUCCUUGAUAACACCUGCUGGACAUUCAAUAAAAGAGGUCUCUGUAGAGAACCCAGAUGUCCACAUCCCCAUGUCUGCGGUUUCUGCAGAGGGUCCCACCAUUCCGGUCACUGCUCAUUCAACAGCAAAGAGCAGGCCUCUACCACUACCGGUGCACAAACAAUCAUUCAAACUGGAACCGCCCAAUCCCAUCCCAUCAGAAAGAAAUAAGUCAAGUGUUCGAACCCCUAUUCAAAUUCAAAAACUGAGUGAAUAUCUUACAGGUUAUCUUCAUAAAACAUAUUUGAUUAAGGGUUUUUCAGAAGGGUUCAAACUAGGUUACUUAGGACCUCGAUUACCCUCCUCCUGCUCUAACCUCAAAUCUUGCUCAGAUUUUCCGGACAUCAUCUGUGACAAAUUACAGGAGGAAAUUCAAGAAAAAAGACUAAAAGGUCCCUUCUGUAUGCGACCUUUUCCAUCUCUGCAAAUUAGUCCUAUUGGUUUGGUUCCCAAGAAGUCCGGAGAUUUUCGUUUAAUUCACCAUUUAAGUCACCCUAAAGGCAAAUCAGUCAAUGAUUUUCUAGACCCCAAAAUGAAAACUGUCAAGUAUGCAUCAUUUGAUGAUGCGGUCAAUCUCCUCCUUCAAUGUGGAAAAGGCAGCUUCUUUGCUAAAACAGAUAUAAAAAAUGCAUUCAGACUAAUCCCUAUCCAUCCUUCUGACUAUGAUCUUUUAGGUAUUCAAUUUAAUGGGAAAUAUUACUACGACACAUGCCUCCCGAUGGGCUCCUCUAGUUCAUGUAACAUUUUCGAAUCUUUUAGUACUGCAGUUCAAUGGAUAGCAAAAUAUAAAUUAGGUAUUUCCCAUAUUGUCCACAUUUUAGACGACUUCUUAAUGGUAGCCAAUAAUCGCCCAACAUGUCAAAGGUAUCUUGACUCUUUCUUACGUUUUUGUCACUCGACAGGCGUCCCUAUUAAACACGAAAAAACAGAAUCUGCUAGACAGAUAAUCA